AUGCACGCGGCCCACAAGAACGGUCCACAUUCCGUGGUCCCCGGUGGCGUGAAUCACCAACGGCGCUUCCACAGCUGGAAUCAUUGGACAAAGUUGGACUCAUUUAUGCAGGUGAUACCAAGCAUCCACAUUUGCUCCCUGAGAAUGAGGGUCCGAAGAGUCAACCAAAGUACGUACCAAGGCGGUCGUCGAAGGGCAGUGGGUCGAUUAAAUUACGGUGACCUCGUAGCUCAAGGAACUCCCACAGUAAAGCGACCGGUCAGAGUGACGAACAUCUCGCCUUGUCUGCCAGCGCAUGAGCGACCGCAAUCACGGCAUAAAGACAGGGAAAGUUACGCUAAAGAUUACGCUUCUCUCAGCGGAAUGAGAGUCGUCAUCGUUGUGUCAAGCUAG